UUCAUUAACGUGGCUUUCCUCAACCGCUACGUCGGGAAAACGAAGCGUAAUAGAAUAGCGCACGAACUCCGAUUUGAGAACUCUGUUUGGUAACUGAGCAAAUCUUUAGCUGUCGAUAAUUUCUUAGCAAAAUCACUCGAGUAUGGGACGCUCUAGGGCAGUUCCGCGUUUUGCUGAAGAAGACGCUAACCAGAGAUCGAAAAGAAAAAAGACAGUUUCAAGUUUAGAGAGUGCACAAAUUACACCAACAAAUGCAGUAUGUCAGGAAAUAAGCGAGGAGAAAGCGGCACUCUACCAUUGUAAUUACUGCAAAAAAAACAUUUCUGGAAAGAUUCGAAUUAAGUGUGCAGUGUGUCCUGAUUUUGACCUUUGCGUUGAGUGUUUUUCUGUUGGAGCUGAAGUUACUCCUCAUAAAAGUAGUCACUCUUACAAGGUUAUGGACAAUUUAUCGUUUCCACUCAUUUGUCCUGACUGGAAUGCAGAUGAAGAGAUAUUACUUCUCGAGGGCAUUGAAAUGUAUGGAUUUGGAAAUUGGAAUGAAGUUGCAGAACAUGUUGGAACCAAGAGCAAGUCACGGUGUAUAGAUCACUAUAAUGCCAUUUAUGUGAAUUCUCCGUGCUUCCCUCUCCCAGACAUGUCCCAUGUUGUUGGAAAGAGCAGAGAUGAGCUCUUAGCAAUGGCCAAAGGAUACAGUGAAAUCAAAAAAGAGUUUCCUGCAGUUGGGGAUCUUACAAUAAAAGAAGAGUCUGCAUUGUCUGCAAGAGUCAAAAGUGAAUCACAUGAAAAACAAAAUAUAGCUUGCCAAUCCUUAUCUGGAAUAAAGACAGAAUUUGGCUCUUGUAUGAGUUCAAGCAGUGGUAACAAUGUCUCAGAUUCGGUCAAGAAGGCUUCCAAUAAGGUCCAGAUCAAUGAUAGCAAAAAAGUGGAAGAAUCUCAGGUAGACAGGAGCAUUGGAGAGAAAAAACUUAGGAUUUCCGAAGACAAACAGCCUUCCCUGGCAGAGUUGAGCGGUUAUAAUUUCAAGAGACAGGAAUUUGAACUAGAAUAUGAUAAUGAUGCUGAACAAUUAUUGGCAGAUAUGGAAUUCAAAGACACUGAUACUGCUGCUGAACAUGACCUGAAAUUGCGAGUGCUGCAUAUCUACUUCAAAAGGCUUGGUGAGAGAAAACGCAGGAAAGAUUUCAUAGUGGAAAGGAAUUUACUUUACCCAGACCCAUUUGAGGUUAACCUUUCACCUGAAGAGAGGGAAAUAUAUCAUCGUUACAAAGUUUUUAUGAGGUUUCUUUCAAAAGAGGAGCAUGAAGAGUUGAUGAAGAGCGUAAUUGAGGAAUACCGAAUUGUGAAAAGAAUACACGAUCUUCAGGAAGCUCGAGCUGCUGGGUGUAGAACAAGUGGCGAGUUGAAUAAAUUUUUUGAGGACAAACAAAAGAAGGAAGCUGAUGAAAAUGCCCAAAGAGUGAAGGAAAGUUUAUUGGCAGGUCCAAGUGCUAAAGUUUUGCAGAGGCAUACUAGUCUUAAAGAAGUUGACGGGAGCCUUCAUGAAGUUGUUAGGGGAUCCACUGUUUUGCAUACUAGUGGCAAGGACUCAUCUUCAACUUUUACAAAUCAAAUCUCUUGCUCCUUAGAUCGUUGGGAUAUAUCAGGAUUUCUAGGGACUGAGUUGCUCUCUGAAUCAGAGAAACAACUUUGUUGUGAGAUGAGAAUACUACCGACACAUUAUCUCAAUAUGCUUCAGAUAAUGUCAGUUGGGAUUAUGAAAGGGACUGUUACCAAGAAGUCUGAUGCCCAUAGCCUAUUCAAGGUGGAUACAGACAAAGUUGAUAAAGUUUAUGAUAUGCUGGUGAAGAAGGGAAUGGCUCCAGCAUGAUAAGGAAAAAGGCGGCUACAGACUAGCAGGCAUAGGAAAUCCAUUUAUUUAGCUACGAAAAACAUGAAUUUUGCCGAAUAUCUAUAUUAUUUUUGGAGUUUGAGGACAGUACAAGACGGCAGAAAAUCCUCAUUUCAUUUUCAACUAUUUAAAUCAUGAAGUCUUUUUCGCA